UCGUUCAACAGCUUGCUAAGAUUUAAAAUGAAGCAUCUUAAAUUAAUGAUAAUUAUAAUUAUCAACUUCAUACUUGGAAAAAAUGUAUUUGCCUAUUUUGAUGGUGAUAGUUAUGAUCAUUAUCAAUGGCAAGGAUUGUAUAAUGGUCUAACAACAGGUGUUCGAAAAGAGAGUGUUGAUUAUUAUGAUACUAGAAAGGAUAAUAUUUUAUUGGACUCUUAUAAUGAAUUUCAACAAAAUUACAAUAGUGUUAUACCUGAGACUGUUACACCGUCAAGUUUUGUAAAUAAUGAACAAAUUAAUUUAUCAAAUAAUGAACAAAUUAAUUUAUCAAAUAAUGAAGAUUGGAGAACAAAUAGUCAAGUGGAAAAAAAUAUAGAUGAUCCAGUUCAUCAAACAGCUGAUUAUCAAACUUCUCAGUCAUUGAUUGAUGAUUCAUCAGCUUCUCAAUAUAGCCAUCCAAUUCAUGUACAAGUACCAAAAUAUUAUCCAGUUGUUAAAACUAUAGUUGUGCCAGUUGUUAAAAAAGUAGCAUAUGCAGUUGAAAAAAUUGUACCUGUUUAUGUGCAAAAAGAUGUUCCAAUUACUGUAGAAAAAUAUAUACCAGUACCUGUUGAACAACCUUAUCCAAUUCACAUACCAAUUUAUCGACAUGUAUUUUAUAAAUCACCGUUAGAUUAUGAUGAAUACAAGCAUAAUAAUAUUAAUAAACGAAGAAGUUAUAGAAGAAAUCGGUGGUCAAGACGUUCUCAAUACUACAAAAAUGGUUAAUUUAUUUCCUUUUAUUUAUAAUUUUUUGUUUUUUCUUAUCCCCAUAAAUUUAUAUUAUUAAUUUAAGAAUUAUUUAAUUUUUAAACAUUGUAAAAAAAUAGAAAAUUAAAUUGAAUGUGAAGCGAAAAAAAAAUAAUUAAUUUGUUUUUUUUGUAAUUUAAAUAAAAAUAUGAUUUAAAAAUAUAA